GAGAGUGUGGCACAUAUCAACAACAACGCCACUCUAAAAAGAAAACGUACAACAUGUGUGGAAGAUAUGCACUGGCCCUGCGGCCGUCGCAGAUCCGUCAGAUGCUCGAGGAAGAUGGACUAGAGAUUGAUAAUGCAUCAGAAGAUGCCGGAGAUGGCGCCCCUCGAAGCAGCUAUAACUUUGCCCCGGGAUAUAACGGCGUCGUUUAUCGCGCCAGCAUACCAGGUCAAAACGGUACACAGGAAGAUCAACGACGUGGGGACCAGAACGACGUCACUCAGGAUCCUGAGCACCCAAAGAACUCUAUCAGUUACAAAUUACAGUCAAUGAAAUGGGGCCUCGUCCCUUCGUGGACAAAAAGGAACCCUGACUACGGUUCCAUGUUGAAGACCAUCAACUGUCGUGAUGACUCACUCAGCUCACCUGGAGGGAUGUGGGCCAGCAUGAAGACGCGCAAAAGAUGUAUCGUGAUUGCUCAAGGAUUUUAUGAGUGGCUAAAAAACGGAAAGGAGAGGUUACCUUACUAUGUGAAACGGAAGGACGGACAUUUGAUGUGCUUUGCCGGCCUUUGGGACCGCGUGCAGUUUGAAGGGUCAGGAGAAACACUAUACUCGUACACAAUCAUCACCACCAGCACCAACUCGGAGCUCAAGUUUCUUCACGAUCGCAUGCCCGUAAUACUUAAUCCCAACUCAUCGAGUAUUGCGACAUGGCUUGACCCAUCUCGAAACCAGUGGUCCGACGAGCUGCAAGGACUUCUGAAGCCGUUCGAAGGAGACCUGGAUAUUUAUCGGGUUUCUCAAGAUGUCGGCAAAGUUGGCAACAACUCACCCACCUUUAUUGUUCCAUUAGACAGCAAAGCGAACAAGUCAAACAUAAAGAACUUCUUCAACAAUGAACGACAAGGGAAUCAGGAGUCAUUACAGCUAGCGGUAGAUGAAGGAACUCAAGGUUUGAAGGAGGAACACGCGAUGCAAAGUGAGACUGUUCAAAAAAAUAGGCCACUGGUUAUUAAAGAAUCGACAGCUGUAAAACGUAAAGCCAAAGAGAGUCUUAUUCCCCAAAGCAAUCAGAAGCGGCAAAAGCAGGGUCAACUUAGCGCAAUGCAAAAUAAAAGGCAGAAUAAAAAGAAGCCUAAAGAGGAAGGUUUAAGGAAAAUAACUAAGUUUUUUAAAGAUAAAUAAUAAUAAAAAAUUAGUAUUUUAUAAUAAUUAAAAUUUUUAAUUUAAUUUAUUUUUAAUUAUUAUAAAAAUAAAAUAUUAU